AUGUCUUCUGAUCCUCUCGAUGAUGUCUUCACUCUGGAAGACCGCUUCUACACCCAAGGCUACAACCAAGGUGUCGAAGAUGGUGCCCGCGCAGGAAGAAUAGAAGGCCGCUCAUUCGGCAUGGAAAAGGGCUUCGAAAAGUUCCUCGAGAGCGGCCGCCUCGCCGGCAAGACUCUCGUCUGGGCAAACAGACUCCCCAAGAACACGGCCCAGCAGGCCAACUCUUCGGAAAAGAACACAAACCAGCAAGCCAACUCCUCAGAAAAGAGCUCAGAAACAUGCACGCUGCCGCCGCUGCCGAGCAAUCCACGGCUGGAAAAGAAUGUCAAGCUCGCUUAUGCUUUGGUCGAGCCAGAGACCUUAUCUACGGACAACAGCGAUGAGGCUGUGCAGGAUUUCGAUGAUCGGGUCAAGAGGGCGCAGGGCAAGGUCAAGAUCAUUGAGAGAAUGUUGAACUGA